AUGGACCCACUGAAGAUUGGCAUCAUAAUAGUGAGUGACCGGGCGGCGGCAGGCAGCUCAGCCGACCUGACUGGGCCCCGGCUCAGCGCGCUGCUCGAGGGCGGCGAACUCUUCGUGGCCAAGCUCGUCCAGCGGAUGGUGGUGGCUGAUGAGCGCGCCGACAUACAGGCGGCCGUGACCGGGCUCUCGGACCGCUGUGACGUGCUGCUGACCUCGGGCGGCACGGGGUUUGCGGCGCGGGACGUGACGCCCGAGGCUUCACCCCCGCUGGCCAUGCUGUCGCGGCCGGUGGCCGGGGUGCGCGGCCGGUGUGUGGUGGUCACGCUGCCGGGCAGCCCCAAAGCGGCCGAGGAGUGCGUCCGGCUGCUGGCGCCCGGCCUGCCGCACGCCGUCGACCUGCUGCGGGACCGACGGACGCGCGUGGAGCAUGUGCACCUGCAGCUGCAGAGCGAUACCGUGCCCCAGCGGGCCACGCCGACCGCCGGCGGAGAUGAGCACUACUGUCAGCACCAGCACCAGCACCAGCACCAGGCCGGCUCCACGGUACGACGUGGACCCAUCUCAGGUGUCGCGCCGGCACCGCCGCUCGCCGUACCCACCAUCCCCGUGGCCAGGGCGCAGGAGGUCGUGAUGGACGCCGUGGCUGGCUACGAGCGCGCCGUCGAGACGCUCAACAUCACUGCCGCGCAGGACCGCGUGCUGGCAGAGGACAUCGUGGCUAAGGUGCCACUGCCACCUUUCCCGGCCUCGGUGAAGGAUGGCUACGCCGUCUGCUCGGCAGAUGGUGUUGGCGUCAGACAUGUGCUGGGUGCCUCCAACGCUGGGUGA